AUGCCCGGACAAACGCAGAUAUUCACGUCGAUCCCGGAUCAGCUCAUCGAACUGGUCAGCGACCGGCUGCCGACAUCCAUCACGCUUCUCCGCAGACUGCAGUUUGCCGUCCGUGAAAAUGGCGCAACAGCCAACACUCGCAUCAUCGUCGCCUCCGACACGGGCAAUCUUGGUGAUGGAACAUUGAAGCCAAGAAUCUUCACAGCUGUGCACGCCGAUCUCUCUCCAAGAGCGCCGAUCAGCCUGUUCAUGUACUCAACACUCGAGGACAAGAGCCGAGAGAUGAUAGCUGGCGACCGGGAGGAGCACGAAGCUCAGGUGUCCGAAGUUGUGAAUGCGCUCAUCCGGCUGCGAAGCCAGUUCGAUCCAGAGGGCAACUAUCCCACCAGCGUGCUUCUCGGGAGCGUCCAUGAGGACGUCGGGGCCAUUCUCAUCAAGCUCGGAAGGGUCUUGCCUCAACACUUGUACGAGAAAUGGCUCUUUCGGGUGCAAGACAUUCCCCCAACCGACCUUCAGCUGCCCAGGGGCAUGCAUUGGGGUUCUGCCACUGCCGCGGACUGCAAGCUCGCCGUUUCUCGCUCAAACAUUCCGCGGACUGCGUACGAGACGACACCCUUCGAAACCAUGCGGGAAAGCUAA